GAUUUAGAGUUUUGGAAGAAUGCAGAGCCAAAACUAGUAAUAUGGUUUCCCUAUAUAACAUUGUAGUCUUUGAAUAUGGUCAUUAAAUGUAUUGUGCGCGGUUGCAAAAGUUUCCUUCCAAUUGAACAGAACGUAAUAAAUGGUUAAAUAAUGUGGAACUAAAAAGACCCUAUUUUGAAAAAGCAACGAUUUGUAAUCUCCAUUUCAUAUCAACCAAUUAUAUGAUAACUGGGAAACUACUGAGAUAAGGAGUCACACCACUUUUAAAUGAAAUAGCGGAUUGUUCUGUGGUACAGGUAUCUUGGCCGCUGCGUGAUGCUACAAAAGAAAAUGUAAAUGUUCCUGUUUGUAAAAAAAAAACACUGUCUUUUGAAACAUUAUGGAAUCGGAAAAAGAUAAUAUGAACAUUGAUGAUACUAUAACAUCUAAAUACCGAAAAUGGAACAUCUUAAAGAACAGCAGAUAGUUCAAUGGCUAGAAGAAGAAUCCGAAGAUAAUGUGGAUGUGCCGAUCGAUGAAAAAUCAGAUGGUGAGCAUUCUGAUUAUGGACCUGAUGUCAUUGAAGAAAAUUCUCAUGAAACCGACUGAGGAAGACGGUAUAGCGGAUCCUGAACUGCCGGAAGAUCUGUAUUCAGAUGAUGAUGAAGAUAAUGUUCCGCUCGCCCAACUAAGAUCAUCGAACCAUUACGUUGUUCGUCGAAAACUACGCAAUGGAAAUACUAAAACGAUAUAGCGCUGGAAGAAAAUUGCUUCCAAUCCCUCAGAAUCCGACAGCAUAACAUAUAUCGCAUUUGCCGGGAUCAUGAAAUAUGGAGUUAUUUUUUCCAAUAGAUGUACUGAAUAAUAUUGUUUAAUCUACGAAUGAAAAAAUUCAGACUCUUCAGGACAAAUAUGAAAGGUUACGAGAUGCCGUCAAAUAUACCAGAGAUAAGAGUAUUACUGGGGUUAUUAAACCUGAUUGGUAGGCUUUCUCAGCGGAUGGGACCGGUAUUGACAUUGUAAGGGCGGUAAUGUUGUUACAGAGAUUUAGAUUUCUCUUGCGCUGUUUGAGGUUUGACAGCAUUGUAACACUGCAAGAAAGACUACAAAUUGAUAAGUUGGCACCAAUCAGGUUUGUCUUUGAAACAUUUGUUCAGAAAUGCAAAGAAUGUUUCAGCACUGGUGAAUAUGUCAUAAUUGACGAAAUGCUGGAAUCUUUUCGAGGAAGAUGUUCAUUUAGGCAGUAUUUGCCUAAUAAGCCGGACAAAUAUGGCAUAAAAAUAUUUGCUAUGGUAGAUGCCCGGAAUUUUUACACAUCCAACAUGGAGGUUUAUGUUGGAAAGCAACCUGAAAGACCAAUGUUUGUAAACACCUCAACAAAUGCUCUGGUGAAGAGAUUGAUAGAAUCAAUUACAGGAACGAACCGUAACGUCACAAUAGACAACUGGUUCACUAGUGUCUCUUUGGCCAGAGAAUUACUUAAAGAUCACAAGCUGACUAUAGCCGGAACCAUUAGAAAAAAUAAACCUGAAAUGCCUGAUCAGUUAAAGACCUAAAAUAGGGAAGUGUGUUCGUCGCUUUUUGCAUUUGGUAAAGAUGAAAACACUCUAGUGUCUUACUGUCCAAAAAAGAAUAAAAUCGUUCUUUUGUUGUCAACGAUGCACCAUGACAGUGGCGUAAACUCUAACUCAGUUCGGAAAAAGCCUGAAAUCAUUGAAUUUUACAACAUCCCAAAGGGAGGUGUAGAUGUUGUGGACAGACUAAAGAAAAACUAUUCAGUUGCAAGAUUGUGCUGCAGAUGGCCUCUGAGAAUUUUUUUCAGGCUAAUGGAUAUUGUUGGAAUCAAUACACAGAUAAUAUUAGCAUGUAAUCAGCCAAAUAGGACCAUGUCCAGAAAACAAUACCUCAAAACAUUGGCAUUUCAACUUUUUGACUUUAAAUACAGAAGCACAAUAAACACCCUCCCGAGAACGCUCCGGCAGCACAUAAAACGUUUAGUUGGUCCGGAUAUCCUGCAAAAUCGAUUUGAAAAUCAGCCUCAAAUGACCAGAAAGAGGUGUGCAUAUUGUCCGCGACAUAUUGAUAGGAAGUAUUCUACAGUAUGCUAUUCAUGUCGCCCGAACAUAUGUCCGAGACACGCAGCCUCAAUUUGCUCAAGCUGAUCGGAAGAGCGAAAUGAGGUGUAAAAAUUCACUAAUAUAUUAUUAUAGUUUUAUAUUUUUUGUGAUCUCAUUAAAAUAAAUCUUUGUUUUGAUAGCUUGUGUUGAUUUCAAAAAGAAAAGAUAAUAAUUAUUUAUUUUGUAUCAGUUUAAACUAAAGUUGCCUAAAAUGUCCCAUAAAAGAAUUUUUUUUUAGUAUGACUAACCUCGUAAGGCCCAACCUAAAUUUAGGUCGAUAUACAUUACGACCAACGUACUUAAAAAUAGGUGCAAGUAGUUGCGGCCCAGAACUUUGGUUAAGUACAAAAGUGUGUAAAUGUAUUACUUUUGGUCAAUUUAUUUUAAGGGGUAUUUCCUAUACCUAAAGUUACCUAUUUCACGCACAAAAUAUGUUGAAAUAGCUUGUCCUUAGUUUAGGUCAUUGGGCCACUGUUUAAUAUAUAACAUUAGUUUGAAUCAAUCAAAUCUAUUCAUUUAUUUAUCAUGGAAUAGCAAAUUAUACCAGAAAUAAAAAUAAACUUUGU